GGGUUGGAGAAAAGUGGGGCAUUCACUUGGUGGUGGAGGUGAAGGUGAAGCAUCCUCUCUGGUGGAACUGCAUGUCCCUGAUACGACGCAUGGACUGGAUCUGAGGCUGGUCGACUGUACUCUGCGAUACAGCACGGAGCCGCCAGAAGGAGUCUGCACGAAUGACUUCAACACGAGAUAUCUGCACAGAAAAUCAGAGCCGUGCACGACGAGUGUCAGAUAUGACACGAAUACACCUGAGCAGAUUAACCACGCUUUUGUCGGGUGGAGGCUGUGACAAAGCGAAGCCCCUCCCCUCCUGCUGACCCGGGGCUUUCAGCAUGGCCCCUUGCCAGGGGAGGCUUUAAAAGGGUGGGGGCGCGUGCCUCCUCUCACUCCCACGGCAGGACAACCCAAGGGCAUCAAAGCAAGACAAGAUGACUCACCACUGCACCAAGUUCUCCGGCCACUGGAAGAUCAUCGUCUGGGACGAGGAGUGCUUCCAGGGCCGUCGCCAUGAGUUCACCUCCGAGUGCUGCAACGUGAUGGAGUUCGGCUUCGAGACCGUUCGCUCCCUGAGGGUGGAGAGCGGAGCCUGGGUCGGCUACGAGCACGCCUCCUACCAGGGGCAGCAGUUUGUCCUGGAGAGGGGAGAGUACCCCCAGUGCGAUGCUUUCGGAGGCAGCAACGCCUACCACAUCGAGAGGAUGACCUCCUUCAGACCUAUCUCCUGUGCUAACCACAGAGAGUGUCGUAUGACCAUCUACGAGCGCGAGAACUUCAUGGGCCGCAAGGGCGAGAUCGGUGACGACUACCCCUCCCUGCAGGCCAUGGGCUGGUGCAACAACGAGGUUGGCUCCUUCAGGGUCCAGUCUGGAGCAUUCGUGUGCUACCAGUACCCUGGUUAUCGUGGAUACCAGUAUAUCAUGGAGUGUGAUCGUCACUGCGGGGAGUUCAAACACUUCAGGGAGUUCGGAUCCCACUGCCAGACCCCUCAGAUCCAGUCCAUCCGCCGUAUUCAGCAGUAACAACCUCCCCAGGAGCCCUUUCUCCCAUGUGACCCUUAACCUCUGACCCCUCCUCGCCAGCUUUCUGCUGAAUAAACUGUCUUUCUUAAACCUUA